AUGUAUAAUUUGCUGAAAUUUAGGAGAUUCCUAAAUACAAGUAGAAAUAUUGUUGGAAAGCACAAACACGAACAAAUAGUAUGUGUAGAAACAGAGAUAUAUUCUCCGUUCAUAAACAACGAUAUUUACUACCGCGGUUACCCUCUGAGCAAGUUGGCAACUAGGAAUAAGUUUUUGGAUAACUUUUAUCUCCUAUUAAACUCGGAUCUUCCAUCAAAAAAGCAGGAUGCUGAGUUUGCCAAUAAGAUUAAAACGGGAAUGAAAGAUAUUCCGGCCAUGAUCAGGAACUUGAAUGCCGCAAUUCCUGCUAAUAUUAACAUCUGCAACUUCGACCGGGAAUAUGGGCAUAUUUUUGGGCAGUGCUUAGGCAUUCUCAGCGAAAGAUAUUUUGCUGGUGUAAAAUAUAAGUUAGAUUCGGAAGACCCGUUAGAGCAUUCGAUAGAUGAUAAUAAUUGCAAUCAGCUUGACGAAUCGGUUUCUAAGUUGCUGAACGCGGUAUUCACAAUCUACAUGGAGCACGGGCUGACAAGCGCAUCGUACAGCUGCAGAAUAUGCAUUUCUGAGGGAGGAAGUACCUUUUCAGGCCUAAUAUGUGCAUCUGCCACGCACAAAUACGCAAUGGAAACUUUGAAUUCAUACCUGGUCUUAAAAGAAUUGACAGAUAAGCAGCUUCAAGAAGUGCUAAAAUCAUUUGAAUUUAACAACAACUUAAAAUUCCCACUAGAUGAAAUCACAUUUAAUAGGAGAGAUCCCAGGUGUAGAAUAAUAGCAGAAAUAUGCAAAGAGCAUUUCGGUGAAGAUAUUUUCUCGAAACUAUCCGAAAUUGAAAAUAAGUUUUCGAACAGGUUGUAUUUUAAAUUCGACGUGUACGUCUUCGAAUUAAUGAAGAGGCUAUACCAUCAUGUAAAUAAUGGGUGUGAUGACCUCUACUUUAAUGGUAAUUUAUUCAAUAAGCAUUUGAAGGAUAAGAUCAUGGCUAUGCUAAUGUCCUCUAGAAUCGCAGGUGUGUCAAAUUUACUGAUUCAUUGGUCCGACUUUCCAUACUCCAGGUCAACAUAA